AUGUUCUCUACUCGUCCUACAUUGGUCUUGAUUUUCGGUGCUGAAGGUUGUAGGAAGGAAUUUCUAAUGCAAGAGUUAAUUCAAAAGAAGAAUGGUGUAAUUAGUGGAGCUUCUAAGGAUCGUGAUUUAAUUGGAUUUGAAAAAUUAACCUCAUAUCAUUUUGUCCCAACAAUAACUUGUGCACCUGUUGAUGUUAGAUAUGAUCUGAAGAAGACUUCCGAUUUGUUUGAAGUUGUUGAAGGAAAUGAAUUUCUAGACCAAUUUAGAUCUAGAAAUUAUGAUUUAUGUUGGAAAGAAUUUCUUGAUAAGCAAUACAAAUAUAAUGGAGAGGAAAUUUGUAAUGACUAUGUAUACAAAGCAAUUCCAAAUAUUGAGAGAGAAAUAGAGAAAAAUCCAGAGUCUCAAAAAAUAAUUAUUUCACUCUCAAAUAGCACAGCAGCUGAGGAAGGAUCAAUUUUUAAUCCCCUUAUGACUGCAAUCAAAUUAUACAAAGAUACUCAUAAUCUAAAAAUUGUAUUUAUAAGAGCUCCAAGAGAGACGAUAGUACAUUCUCUUAUUGAAAAAGGAUGUUACAAAAAGGAUGAAAUUGAUACUUUGCUUGUUCACCAUGAAUUUAUUGAAAAAGAUCAAACAGUUAACACUCUACGAAAGUAUCUUCACUAUAAUGGAAAUAUUCCAAUAGUUUUUGUUGAUAUUACGAAUAAUGUUCAAGCUGAUUUGAGAAGAAUGAUAAAUAGUUUGGAAGGAAAAACAGAGGAAGAAUAUGAACCUUUCUAUGAAUCAAAACAAACUGCUAGAGAUUAUAUGAAGAAGCAUAAAAUUAGUGAACUCUUACAGUAUCUUCUCCAACAAACACUUAUUAAUAUGCCAGAGGAUCCAAGAAAAUUUUUAAUUGAAAAUUUACAACAAAUUAAGAAAAAAUCUUCACUUAAAAUUCUAACACCAACAGAUUUUGAGACAAUGUUUACAAUGAUAGAUAUUAAUAAUAAGGGAUUUGUGACAUAUGAACAAACUUUGAAAACAAUGGUUAAUCUUAAAGUUUCUAACAUCAACGCCGAAACAGCUCUUCAGGGUGUUGACAAGGCAGCCAGAAUAUCAAAAGAACAAUUUGUGAAAAUUGUUACAAGACAUUUGGACAUUUUAAGUGAUACACCAUAUCAAUAA